AUGGACAUAAAGCCACUUUUUAGUUUCAUCGAACGCCAUCAGGUGAUAGGAAACAUGUGAAUGAAACGGGGCCAGUCGGGAAACAGUAGCAGAACACGCAGGAAUGUAACAGUUCACGUUUGAAUUUGAUUAUUGCAGAGAACUAUUCGGAGAUUCGUUGCAAUGGGGAGGACUGACCCUGAUCACACUGCUCGGCCAGCAUCGGAGGUUCGAAGUGCUCGACUUCUGCUAUCAUCUGCACAGAGUCAACAAGGCAGAUGCGAAAGAUGAAGUAGUCAAUGGAAUUGUGAGAACUUAGCAAGUUGCCAAUCAAUAUUAGGAAUUUCCAGCGUCUUGGCAAGAUGGUCGAGAGAAUCCGUCGAUUCCAGCUGCUGAACAACCAGAUCUUUAUUAUUCUGACAAAUCAACUGAACGAAAACAACGACGAGGAAGUUGAGCGUGUCCGCGAGUUCGCUCCGCCCGUUCAUCCCGAAUACGCGAAUCUCGCACGUCGUCAGUGCUGA